CCCAAUCACACACAAAAACUCCCUCUUAAACCCUACACUCAGCUCCCCAUUUUUCAUCACCAUUUGCAGCACCCCUCCAUGAACACCCAAUAACACCUUGAAAUACACACACAAACACAACAUCAACUCACCCAUUUCUUGAAAAUGUCAGCAGCAUCAAGAGGCCUAAUAUCUCGCUUAAGAUCUCUCACACUCUCCCCAAAGUCUACACCUUUAUACACCGCUACAACAUCAAGAACAGCAACUUUUACACCGACCCAGUUGAGAUUUUUCAGCUCCGAGACUUUAAUUGAUGAUACCCACGAAAGAUCUGGAGUGAUAGAGCUGAAGCAAGGUGUUAUGAAGCCUAAUUCAAGAAGAACAGGCUUGAUUGCGGUGAAAUGUGGGAUGAGUGCGCUUUGGGAUAAAUGGGGUAAAAGGGUUCCAAUUAGUGUUCUUUGGGUUGAUGAUAAUAUUGUAUCUCAGGUUAAAACCCCGGAAAAAGAAGGCAUCACUGCCCUCCAGAUUGGUUGCGGGCAUAAAAAGGAAAAACAUCUGACUAAGCCAGAAGUGGGACAUUUUAGAGCUCAGGGGGUCCCCAUGAAGAGAAAACUUAAGGAGUUUCCGGUGACGGGUGAUGCGCUUCUCCCACUCGGUACAUCAUUAGGCGUUCGCCAUUUCAUACCUGGUCAGUAUGUUGACGUGACUGGAAUUACAAGAGGAAAGGGUUUUCAGGGUGGCAUGAAAAGAUGGGGUUUUAAAGGAAUGCCUGCUUCUCACGGUGCGUCAUUAUCACAUAGAAGUAUUGGUUCUACUGGUCAGAGGGACGCUCCUGGAAAGGUAUUUAAAGGCAAAAAGAUGCCUGGGCGCAUGGGUGGAAAGCAAAGAACAGUAAAAAAUGUAUGGGUGUAUAAAAUAGAACCUGCAAGGAAUUUGAUCUAUGUGAGAGGCCAAGUUCCAGGUGCUACAGGAAACUUUGUGUUUAUUAAAGAUGCAGUGUACAAGAAAACAGAUGCAUCUUUGCUUCCAUUUCCUACAUAUCUCGCUCCUGAAGAUGAGGACCCAGCGACGGUAGAACCUCUAAUAGCUGAUCUUGGGGAUGUUGAUCCAUUUAUGGCAGCAGACUAGCUGAGAGAUCUAAUCCGCCUCAAAAUCAUUAAGGAUCAGUUUAUGCCGAUGACCUUGGUUAAAAGUACUCGUGAUAAUAUUUUUCUUCGACUUUUACCCCUCCGGAUUCUGUCCAUGGAGUAGUCAUAGAGUUCACUUCUACAGCCAAAUUAGCAACUUAGUUAUGUAAUUUGUCAUGUAUUCCAUUUUUGAAGCUCAAACAGACUGGAAUUGUUUUUGGAGCCAAUGUGGUCUUUAAAAUAAAUGUUGAAACAAUUGAUCUUGGGCAAGGAACUGCAAGAAUUAUUGCUUGGAAAUGUUUAGUCAACAUUUAUUGAUAUCCAUACCUUCA